AUUUAAGAAAAUAAUUAGUUUGGUAUGUAUAAAUAACUUGUUUUUAACUUUUUAAUAUCUUUUUAUGUUUUAUUUGACAUUUUUGCUUUUGUAACAUUUUUUUAUUUAAACACCCCCAAUCACUAUAAAACGUAUUUCAAUUUAAAAAUUUAAAUAUUUAUAUAUUAUUAUUAUGUAUGAAACCUGUAAUUGUGAAUAAUUUGUUUUGAAAAUUGAAUAUCAUGAGUCGAACUGGUGUGUAAAACUAAGUUCACCUUGCUGUAAAUUCCUGUAACAAAAAAUUCACCACCUCAUUGCCAAAAAAAAGCCGAUUUGGUGUCCAAGUGGCAAAAGCGAGAAUCUAUGUCAUCAUCUUCAUAGUCGAGUGCUGCUGCUGCAACUUGCCCUUUCUUAUUAUAGACAAAGCUACCAUCACUUUCCAGGAAACCCCACAAUUGUUUCUUAUCGAUCUUGAUAUGGCCCUUCAUCUCCAUCAACAACCGCUAUUUAUAACCAACAAAAAAGGCCAGAAUACGAAGAAACUUGACACUGCCACGUGGGCCCCCCUUUGAGUUCAUGUGAGCACACAUCCCUACACAAAAAUAACUUUCUCAUCAUUCAUACAGUUUGCAGAAUCCCAUCAUUGUUGUUUAAGAUGUGGAGCAAUCUCCCAAUUGAUCUGCUACUCAACAUCUUCUCCCACCUCCCGCCGGACUCCCUGGCACGGGCCCGCGCCGCCUGUCGGAGCUGGCGCGCCACCUCGGAGCUGGCGGUUUCCCGCAACUGCCACCCGCCGUGGUUCGUGGCAUUGCCGGCUCGCGGCUGGGGCCUUUCCUGCUACGCACACAAUCCAGUCAAAGACAGUUGGCACGUCCUAGAUCUUGAUCGCACCACCACCCCGAUGAGGCCGAUCGCGGCCAUCGGUGGCCUGAUUCUGCUGAAGCUCGGCUCCGCGGCUCGGCUCCAGCUCGCAAUCUGCAACCCCUUCACCAACCAGUUCAGAGCCCUCCCCGCCCUGCGCGUGGCGCGGACCAAUCCGGCGGUCGGGGUGGUGGAGGAUGACGGCGACCGGGGCUUCAAAAUCUACGUGGCGGGAGGGAUGUCGGAGUCGGCGGGCGGCGGCGCGGUGUACGAGGCGAGCGUGGAGGUGUACGACUCGUCGUGCUCCGGCGGGGGGUGGGGGGUGGUGGGGGCGAUGCCGGUGGAGUUGGCGGUGAGGCUGACGGUGUGGACGCCGAACGAGAGCGUGUGGUCGGGCGACGGCGUGCUGUACUGGAUGACGUCGGCGCGGGCGUACAGCGUGAUGGGGUUCGACAUGUCGUCGAAGACGUGGCGGGAGGUGGGCGUGCCGAUGGCGGACAGGCUGGAGUUCGCGGCGCUGGUGAGGAGGGAGGGGAGGCUGGCGGUGGUGGGGGGCACGUGCGGCGGCGGGGGGCGCGUGUGGGAGCUGGGAGGGGGCGGUGAUGGGUGGGGGGUGGUGGGGGAAGUUCCGGCGGAAUUGGGAAUUAGGUUGUUGGGGGAGAAAUUGAAUUGGGGGUGUGUCAAGUGUGUGGGGGUUGAUGGGACAAUUUGUUUGUAUAAGGAUAUUGGAUCCGGAAUUAUAAUUUGGAGUCAAGGGAAAUGGAGUUGGAUUCAUGGAUGCUAUUCCAUUGAUGGAACCAAGAUUAUGAGUUUCCCAAUCAAAGGGAUAUUGCUUCAACCUAAUCUCGCUCGAACCACGUUUUAAUUAGAAUUUGAAGAUCCACAUUGUGAUUGGGCAUAUGAGAUGGGGAAGUUGUUGGAGCCUUUGGGCACAUGGCAUGAGAAAGUUGUUGGCAGUGAUUGAUGCACAAAAUAAUUAAUCAUUGUUGUAAGUUCUAGCAAUUUUUUUGAGCAAAAGUUUAGCAAACUUAGGAAAUCAGACCAUCGGAUUCCAGACUUUGCUUAGCUUAUUGUAUCAAGAAUGUUUUAGGAAAUGUAUUAGUCCAAAUAAAUGUAUAUCCAACUUCUGCCCUAGAUCUUGGAGCUUAUAAGAUGUUUCAAAAAUUUAUAAGAUGUAAUUUUUUAGUA